GCCAGAGCCAAUCCCUCAACUGCCGUUGAAAUGGUGGGGGUUGGGGACCCCCUCCCAAGCUCCUCAAUGCUCCCUAAACCCAAUGGGGCAGCUGCCUUCUCCUGUCCACACAGCCCCCGAGGAUCAGGUGCUGUCAGGAGACCGGACCCUCCCCUUUGAAAGAGUCUGGAUAGGCAAGCAAGAGAAUCCUGGAAGGAAAGGGGCGGGGAUAGUUCCCCGCCCUGCCCAAAUGCUGAGGGUGCAUGCAUGGAACCCAUUGCCCUCGGGGACCCAGAGUUCUUGGCCUACGUUGGCCUGGGAACCUGGGUCGGCCCUGGCUGCCGCUUCCUAGCAGAGUGACUUGGCAAUGCUCUCGGAGCCUCGCUUGCCUCCGUUGUGAUGUGGGGAAACGAUGUUUUCCUCACCAUGCGCCUUGGAGAACUGGGGACCGUGGGUGGACAGAGAGCUUCGGCAGCCCCCACAAGACGCAAGUGGGUGACAUCCUGCAGAGGGGAGCGCUCCUCUUGCUUCUCUGCUGUUUCCCCUGCUGGGCGAUCCUCCUCAACACCCAGUACAUCCUGAGGCUCCUCUGGCAGGACCCGGACGUGUCCAGGCUGACCCAGGAGUACGUGCUGAUCGCCAUACCAUCGCUUCCGGUGAUUUUUCUUUACAACCUGCUGGCAAAAUAUUUGCAAACUCAGGGAAUCGUCUGGCCUCAGGUCCUCAGUGGCAUCGUGGGCAACAGCAUCAAUGGCUUAGCCAACUACAUCCUGGUUUCUGUGCUGAGCCUAGGGGUCAGCACAGGAGCACAUUCCCCAGGGACAGACCUGGCCCAGUUCCAGCCCUGCUCUCCCGGCUUCCCCAGGGGCUCUGCUUAUGCCAGCACCAUCGCCCACGUUGUACAGACGAUCUUCCUGUUCCUGUACAUCAUGCUGAAAAAGCUGCACGUGGCUACGUGGGCAGGCUGGUCCAUCCAGUGCCUGCAGGACUGGGGCCCCUUCUUCCGCCUGGCUGUCCCCAGCAUGCUCAUGCUAUGCAUCGAGUGGUGGGCCUUCGAGAUCUGGAGCUUCCUCAUGGGCUUUCGCAGUGUUCUGGACCUCUCGGCCCAGGCUGUCCUCUAUGAAGUGGCCACAGUCAUCUACAUGAUUCCAAUGGGGCUCAGCAUCUCGGUCUGUGUCCGAGUAGGGAUGUUCCUGGGAGCUUCAGACACUGUGCAGGCAAAAAGAUCGGCUGUCUCAGGCGUGCUCUGUGUAGUUGGCAUCUCGCUGGUUAUCAGUUCCCUGUUGAGCAUCCUGAGAAAUAAACUGGGGUAUAUUUUUACCAGUGAUGAAGAAAUCAUCACCCUGGUGAGCAAGGUCUUGCCCAUUUACAUCGUCUUUCAGCUCUUUGAGGGCAUCUGUUGUGUCUAUAGCGGAAUCCUGAGGGGAACCGGCAGGCAAGCCUUUGGAGCCCUGGCUAAUGCGAUCACCUAUUACAUCAUCGGCCUCCCACUGGGCAUCGUUCUGACCUUCCUGGUGGGAAUGGGGAUUGUGGGCCUCUGGCUGGGCAUGCUGGCCUGUAUCCUGCUGGCAGCUGCUACCUUUGUCACCUACACUGCCCGGAUAAACUGGAAGCUAGCUGCAGAGGAGGCUCAGAAGCGCAUGGGGCUGCCACAGCAGGACAAGGCGAGCAUGGCAAAUGAGGCGACUCAGGCGAGCACGGCAAGCACGGCCCCCAGGCUCAGGCUUGACACAGCUGCUGCAGCUUCAGUGGCCAUGAGCAGCAGCCCUGGCAUUACCCUGACAAUGUACUCACGGCCUGAGUGCCAUUUGGACCUCUUUGGGACUUCAGAGGCAGCCCACACCCUUCCAGCUCCUUCCUGCAAACUGUCAGGGAGACAGCUGGCCCUCCGCCGAGGGGCCGCUCUGGGAGCAGCGGUGGCCAUGCUGACAGCGGGGCUCAUCAUGAGGAUCCUGACCCACAGACACUAGCGAAGCAGCUUGGAGAUGAAGAGGAUGCCAAGAGUGGCUGCCUCCACUGCAUCCCCACAGGUACGCCCUCUCAAAGCAUCAAAGGGUUCCAGUGCACGUGGACCCUUCGGACCAGUCCUGCCGACCUUGUUGUAGGUGCCUCCUGUGACAGAGGGGCCUGAAUUGCGCAGACUGACAAUCCUGACUUUCUCUCCUCUGACUGACUGUCCUUUGGAAGACACCAGCUGACCAAAGAGUGAGGAAACUGGGACCACCACUAUGAUUCAAUAAUGUAAAUGGCUUCAAGUGGGACAUUUCAAAUUAAAAAAAACCCAUGACGUUAAAAAGUAUGCAUUUCCUAGCCACAGUCUUCUGCCCAGGUCUGUUCACAAAGCCUUUAGGAAGCUUUGGAAAAGGGGUCAACAGGCUGAGCACCCCAUUGUUGCCGGCUCCCCGACUCCUACUGUGAGAUGUACCCCCUUCCCCACAGCCUGGGAGGCUGUCCACAGACUUCCUCACCUUUCCUCCAACCCUUUCAUCCCACUGACAUUCCCCCUUAGCACAGACCUUGAGAAACACUCCCUCUUACAGUAGCACUGUGAGACAAACGAGGGCCGUGAAACCCAGAUCAUUCUGCCACAGUGCCUCAGGAUGAAUUCAGUGUUGGGCUGAAUCCCAGGACGCCUUUUCUGAGGCUGGUUGCUGUCUCAGGCUGCAUACCCCCAUCAAAAGUGGGGGGCAGACUGGCCUCCACCGCCACAGUACCUUCGCUAUAAAUAGUUAUAAACACGCUCACACAGAGAACAGAUUUACUGAUCAAGGACAACAGGCAAAAGGAUGCAAGAGUUUAACUCCCCAUCUUGAAGCCCCAACAUGCUAUGAAUUCAGUUUCAUGGUGUUUUCCAUGCCCGACAUCCCAGGCCUCCUGCUCAGCCUCUAUCCUUGUCUGUGAUGUACCCCUUUCAUUAGCGAGCUUCUAGCACCAAAUAAAACACCGAGGUACAGGGCAUGGCUAAGUACUAUUGUAUCUCCAGCUGUGCUCUACAGCUCACAGGUAUGGAAGACAAAGUGUUCCCCAAUCGAUUUUUGGGAACCACACUGGCACUUCACAGACUCCACAUGAGCUGGGCCUUUAAUGCGCAGGCUGACUGGACAGACCCCAGCAGGCAAGAUGGGUGGUAGGACCACUUUUGUGUAAAACCUCGUGGGGUCAGUGUCCUGUGAAUGAACGCACUUCAGAUCAGUGAAUGGGGCCAGGAGAGAAGAUCCUGACACCGAUUCUGGAGUGUGCUUUCCCCACACCAGUCAGCAAUUCUGACUCCUGCUGACUGUCCCCGUCUACCUAGAGGAGGCGUCAGAUCCCACAGGUGAAGGGCUUAGCCUCACAGGACUAUCCCUUCUCCCACCCCCACCUCCAACUUCAGACCCCAGUCACAAGUCCAGGUUGCCACGUGCUUCUGGCCGACCAGCUGCAGAUUGGAGGGGCCAAGGACCCCUCCUGGGGUUCAUUCAAUUUGUUAAGAGUGGCUCACUGACCCCAGAUGACCAGUUCACUAUAAAGAAACAUAACUAAGGGACAGAAGCUGGAAGCGAUGCACAGGGCCAGGUAUAGGGUGGGGGCGCAGACCUCCAUGUGCUCACCAGUCCUGCCCUCCACAUGCCAUCCUUUGGGGUUUAUGAAGCCUUCGUUCUGUAGGCAUCGAUCAUAUCAUUGGGCCUUGGUGACAUAAUGUGACCUCCAGCACCCCUCCCCCAUACCAUAUCUCCCCCAAGGUCUGGGGGUAGAACUGAAUGUUCCAACCCACUAAUCACAAAGUAGGUUUCCUUGGCAAGCAGACCCCGUCCUUAGGUCCUGGUUCAAAAGUCAUAUUAUUACCGUUAACAAGACACAUUUACCACUCUUGUCACUUAGGAAAUCCCAAGGGUGUCAGGAGCUCUGUGGCAGAAAUAGGUAUAAAGACCAUACACAGAUUAUAAAUUACCAGAGCACAGAGGAUGUAGUUGAAGAAAGCCUAGUUACUACAUAGGUACACUGAAGAACUAAGGGAGCCAAAGCAGCACAUAGGGCUCUCCUGGUGCUGCUUCUGUGCCAAGCCUGCCCUUGUUUCACUGUCCGCAGCUUUAAUAAACACACUCUCAAAUUAAAAAAAACAAACAACAAAAAGCCAAUGACAAAGUAAAACUUGAAAACUAUCUUCUUCACUAAGAAUUUAAGAUGAGAAAGCAUGACUUAAAGUUGACUUAAAAUUUGCCUUUGACAAAGUAAAUAUAGUUGGAGAAAAUUUAUGAUUAAAGAAUUAUCUCCAAAUGAUAUCUGAGGCUCCACACUAAGAAUAUUAUAGAAUGUUAUGAAAUCAUGCCAGUUUUAUCAAAUAU